UAGAAGCCAGUUUGACAUGAAUUACUUUACUUCAUCCAUGUUCUUUCCUGAAUGCAGGUUGCUUCUAUAUCCUUCUUUUGCUUCUCUACUUGGAAUAGAGAAACUUCGUCAGUGUUGUGCUACGUGGUUGCUUCUUGAGCAAUUUCUUCUACGGUUUCAUAAUUGGAAGUGGGAAUAUACAGGAGAAUCACCUCGAAGUGGCGUAGAGAAUCUAAUUGCUAAAGUGCCCUUAUUGAGCAAGGGGUCAACAUCUGAUUACGGUCCUGCUAAACUGUUACUUAAUGGGGUUGGCUGGUCAAUUCCACAAUCACAAGGAAUUAGAGGUGCCAAAAAUUUGAUGCCUCAAAGACAUUUGGCCAAUGCUAAUCAGAGUUCAGUCCAAACACAUGAAACAGCUUCAAACCAUUUCAAGAGAGAACCCUGGUUUUGGUUCCCUACUCCAGCUGCUGGCUGGGAUGGCUCUGACCUUGUUGGACGCUUUGGGAGUCCGAAAGAUGAAUUCCCAUGGAAGAUAAGAGCAUCUGUUUUAUCCUCAGUUCGUGCACAUCAAGGGGCCCUGAGAUCUUUAGCUGUUUGCCAAGAUGAGAAUACAGUUUUCACUGCCGGCAUUGGUCCAGGGUUCAAAGGAACUGUUCAGAAGUGGGAUUUGACAAGAAUAAAUUGUGUAUCUGGAUAUUAUGGUCAUGAGGAGGUUGUAAAUGACAUAUGCAUCUUAUCAUUGAGUGGAAGAAUAGCAUCUUGUGAUGGAACAAUACAUGUUUGGAAUGGCCAAACAGGGAAGCUGAUAUCAAUAUUCUCGGAACCAUCCACAGAUUCCCUUCAUCUUGCAAGCCCUUUAUCUUCUCCAUCAAAGAUCAGUGCUGACCAUGUUGAUAUGUUGAAUUCAAACACAUUAUCAAGUGGAGUACUUAGUAGUCCAUUUGAUGGAAGCUUGUACACUUGCAUGCACUAUUUAGAGCAUGUUGAAAAGGUUGUGGUCGGCACUGGAAAUGGUUCUCUCAGAUUUAUUGAUGUUUCCAAGGCCGAAAGCUUCAUUUAUGGAAAGGGUGAAUUCAGUGAAUCUGCUUUCCUUCUCUUGUCUCUGCCAUAUCUGACUAAGUUCUGGUCACUGCCGUUGUUUGAUGUGAGGAGUGGAAAUGUUAUUGCUUGUUGGAGGGCUCAUGAUGGAUAUGUUACAAAGUUGGCUGCCCCAGAAGAACAUUUGCUUGUUUCCAGCUCUCUGACAAGACUUUGGAGAAUUUGGGACUUGAGAAGAAAUUUACCGGAGCCUGUCACUUUCAAAGGACAUAGUGAUGGAAUAUCUGGUUUCUCUCUGUGGGGCCAGGAUGUUAUUUCAAUUUCCAGAAAUAAGAUUGGACUUUCCUCAUUAGCUAAAUCCGCUGAUGAAGAUGGGCAACAUCGAGUAAUACCUCAAAAGCUGUACUCAUCAGAUAAUGGAAGUAGAAACAUGUCGGUGCUGUCAAGUAUAAGUAUAAUACCUUUCUCUCGACUGUUUGUAGUCGGAACAGAAGAUGGUUAUCUGAGAAUCUGUUGUUAGAUGGGAGAUGGGAGAUGUUCCCUGCGCUGAUGAAUCAUCAAUGUCGGUCAAACCAGCUAACGAAUGGGCUUUUCUUGUUUAGUCUAUAGUUUUGUCUGUAAAUUUUCAAGUGCAAUGACUAAUGAAAUUCAUUCAAAAAGAUUGUUUUGCCAAAUUUCUGGUCUGAAUAAAGUCGCAAACUUUUUUCUUUUUUCUCCUGUGUUAUACAUAUGUAAUGUACUAAGGGUUAUGAUAUUCAUGUAAGAUAUUAUAAUCAUAGUUGUGUAUUAGUUUUGAAUGAUUUGGUACUCUCAUCCCAUCCCAUGAAUUAAUAUUACUAUCAUUGUUUUGUUUUCUAAAUAAAUAUAUGCCAAUGGCAGAUUAAUACUUAUAAAGGAAGAGGAAUUCAGAACCGUGAAUUUUAAAAAAGGUGUAUCAAUCA